AUGGGAUCUAACAGCGGUAGAGCCACCAAGCUUCCUCUGGUGCCUCUCGCCAAGGGCUCCGUCCUGCUUCCCGGUGUGACUCUACGCAUCCCGGUCUCUAACCGUCCAGACCUCACCAACCUGCUGUCCUCUCUGGUGGACCGGCCUUCCAAGCGCGACGGCAAUUCAAUCACCUUCGGAUGUAUUCCCUUGAGCUCGCCAUUCCUCAGUCGCGAUGGACAACAGCUUCUGGAGGGCGAUGAGUCGGAUGAUGAGAGAAAGGAUGAUUACGACUCAGUCGAUGCGGGCCAGGCGCGCAAGGAUGACCUCUUCCGUUAUGGUACGGUUGGUAAGGUGAUCGGCGUCCAGCGCCGGGCCUAUGCCGAGCCAUUCCUUCUGGUCCAAGGCUCCCAGCGAUUCACGGUCAAGAAGGUCCUGAAGGACCGCCCAUUCUUUGAGGCCGAGGUCUAUCUUCACGAUGAGAGCACCUCAUCCAUUCAUGGCGAUCCUGAGGCCACUGAACUGUUCCAACAGUUGCGACAGCUCUCUCGCGAGCUUCUUACCCUCCUGCGUCUCUCCUCGUUGCUCUCUGCCGCCUCGACUCGCUUGUCGCCACUCGUGGCUCGGAAGUUCGAACUGUAUAUUUCAAAGUCGGAACUAGGCCAGGCAGGAAAGCUCGCCGAUUUCAUGGCCGACGUAUCUGAUGCAAGCUUUGAGGAGAAGCUACGGAUAUUAGCUUCAUUCGAUGUUAAGGUGCGAUUGGAGCGCGUGGUGGAGAUACUGACUCGCCAAGCUCAGCAUAUCAAGAGCAGCGUGAAGGUGACAUCUAUUACCACAACCUCCUUCCCCCCUAACUCGAAUGUUGAUAUUAGCCAGAUCGAUCCACGAGAGCGCGAGAUUCUGGCAAGACGUGCGAUGCAAGGAUUGUCAGGUCUCACGCCACCUGGACCGGCUGGCGGCCGUGGCAACGAUAAUGAAGAGAAGGAACCGAAUGAGAUUGACGAGCUGGCUCAGAAGCUGAAGGAUGCACAACUCAGUGCGGAAGCUCAGAAGGUUGCGGAUAAAGAACUCAAGCGCCUGCGCAAGAUGAACCCGGCCAACGCCGAAUACGGUGUUUGCCGUACUUACUUGGAGAACCUGGCUGAGAUCCCAUGGGCCAAGGUCACUGAAGACCAACUUGGCCCUGAUACGCUGAAGCGGGCUCGCAAGCAGCUCGAUGAGGAUCACUACGGUCUGGAGCGCAUCAAGAAGAGACUGUUGGAGUAUCUGGCUGUGCUGCGGUUGAAGCAGAACACCAACGAGGACGUGGAGCGGCAAAUUACUGGGCUCACAAAGGACCUGGAUGCCGCCUCUCACGGAGAUCUAGAGAACGAUGUGCCUUUGAUCUCGGAGGCUGAUCGGGUUGCGCUUGAGGCUCGUCUAGAAAUCUUGAAAUCUAAGCGCACGACUGACAAGUCUCCCACCCUGCUCCUCGUUGGUCCCCCCGGAACUGGCAAGACUAGCUUGGCUCGGUCUGUUGCUGCGUCGCUUGGUCGCAAGUUCCACCGGAUCUCUCUUGGUGGUGUUCGCGAUGAAGCAGAGAUCCGCGGUCACCGGCGGACUUAUGUCGCCGCCAUGCCCGGUCUCAUUGUCAAUGGUUUGAAGAAGGUUGGCGUUGCCAAUCCAGUGUUCUUGCUUGACGAGAUCGACAAGAUUGGCGGUGCCAACUUCCAGGGUGACCCUUCUGCGGCCAUGCUGGAGGUCUUGGAUCCCGAACAGAACUACACCUUCACCGAUCACUACAUCAAUAUUCCUAUCGAUCUGAGCAAGGUUCUCUUCCUUGCCACUGCCAACUCAUUGGACACUAUUCCUGCGCCUCUGCUCGACCGUAUGGAGACCAUCUCGCUCUCGGGAUAUACCACCGUGGAGAAGCGGCACAUCGCCAAGCGCCACCUCAUCCCCAAGCAGGUUCGCGCCAACGGCUUGUCAGAUAGCCAAAUUAAUCUGUCCGACGAGGUCAUCGACAAAACCAUCACAUCGUACACUCGUGAAGCGGGUGUUCGUAAUCUGGAGCGUGAGCUUGGCUCGAUCUGCCGUUACAAGGCUGUCCAGUACGCUGAUGCUGGCGACACCGGUCGUCUGGACGAGUAUAACCCGAUCGUGACCCUAGAAGACUUGGAGGAAAUCCUAGGUAUCGAGCGUUUCGAGGAGGAGAUUGCCGAGAAGCAUGGCCGUCCUGGUGUGGUGACCGGCCUUGUUGCCUACUCCAGCGGUGGCCAGGGUAGCAUCCUCUUCAUUGAGGUGGCUGACAUGCCUGGUAACGGACGUGUCCAGCUCACCGGAAAGCUGGGUGAUGUCCUCAAGGAGUCUGUUGAGGUGGCUCUUACUUGGGUGAAGGCCCACUCGUUUGAGCUGGGACUCACUCACGAUCCCAACGAGGAUAUCAUGAAAAGCCGCAGCCUCCACGUUCACUGUCCUUCAGGUGCCAUCCCCAAGGAUGGUCCCUCGGCCGGUCUCGCUCACACUGUGGCGCUCAUCUCCUUGUUCACCAACAAGGCUGUUCCUCCACAGAUUGCCAUGACUGGCGAGAUCUCGCUGCGGGGUCGUGUGAUGCCCGUUGGUGGUAUCAAGGAGAAGCUCAUCGGGGCUCUGCGUGCAGGCGUGAAGACUGUAUUGCUGCCCUACCCUAACCGGAAGGAUGUCAAGGAUGUCCCUCGGGAGGUGAGCGAGGGCCUGGAGAUUAUUUACGUUCAGUACAUUUGGGAAGCUCUUCGCCAUAUCUGGCCAGAUGCGCACUGGCCUGGUCAGCACCACAUGAACUUUGUUGAGAGUCGCCUGUAG